AUGAGCAGUGACAUGGCAGAGAAGCAGACCGAAGCGACGGAGAUCGAGGCGCAGCCUGGGCCUGUUUACGAUGCCGGCGAGAAGGUCGACUACGACAGAGCGGGUGCCAUCGAUGCUGAGGAGGCCGAACAUAAUAUGACUGUGAUCCAGGCUAUCAAGGCCUACCCUGCUGCCAGCUGGUGGGCAUUCGUCAUGUCAUGCACCAUUAUCAUGGAGUCAUACUGUGUUUUCUUAAUGGGACAAUUCAUCGCCACAAAUGAAUUCGCCAAAGAUUUUGGCGUUGAGAGCUCACCUAACGUCUGGAUUAUCACAGCUCCAUGGCAAUCGGCAUUCCAAUGUAGCGGGCCAAUCGGUGCCUUCAUCGGUGUAUUCGUCGCAGGUCCCAUUACCAGUGUUGUUGGAUAUCGUUGGGCAACCAUUGGCGGUCUCAUGGCUUUGAACGCCUUCAUUUUCAUCUUCUAUUUCGGCAACAGCCAAGGGAUGUUUUUCGCCUCCCAGAUCCUGGAAGGCAUCCCAUGGGGUAUUUUUAUCGCUAAUGCACCCGCCUACUGUGCCGAAAUUGUGCCGAUGAGAUUGAGAGCUCCAGCGACGCAGAUGCUGCAGAUGUUCUGGGCGAUUGGAUCGAUCAUUGUCGGCGGUAUCACUUACCACUACCAAUCCAAGGAAAACUCGUCAGCCUACAGAGUUCCUAUUGCACUUCAGUGGAUCUUCCCUACUCCUCUCGCUAUUCUACUCUUCUUUGCACCUGAAUCACCAUGGUGGCUUGUGCGAAAGAACCGUCUGGCUGAGGCAGAGAAGUCUGUCAAACGUCUUGGACGUGCGAGUGCAAAUGAUAAUCCCGCUGACGCAGUCGCAAUGAUGCGUCGCACAAUCGAACUCGAGGCUAGUGAGAAGAAGCCCAGUCUUAUUGAACUGUGGAAAGGUACCGAUCGUUACCGCACAUUGAUUGUGUGUGGUGUGUACGCAUCUCAGAAUUUGACCGGCAAUCUGAUUGCUAACCAAGCGGUUUACUUUUUCAAACAGGCCGGCAUGGCAGAAAACACCGCAUUUGCACUUGGUCUCAUCACUUCAGCCCUUCAGUGGAUCAUGGUCAUGCUCUCUUGGGUCCUCACCACAUACCUCGGCCGACGUACCAUCUAUGUGUAUGGUCAAUGCAUCAACUGUGUGUUCUUGGUUGCGCUCGGUAUUGCAGGUUCAUUUGGCGUUAGCCCCGCUACUAGCAAUGCGCAAGCAGCACUUGGCUUGAUCGUCUCUGUCCUGUUCUGCUUGGGACCCGCUCCUUCCUCAUGGGUCAUCAUCGGCGAGACAUCUUCUGUUCGUCUUAGACCACUGACAACCGGUAUUGGUCGAGGUGCCUACUACUUGGUCAACAUCCCUUGCAUUUUCCUUUCCAGCUACAUGCUCAACACUGAUAAGUGGAAUCUGGGCGGCAUGAGUGGUUACGUCUGGGCUGGUACCGCCUUUAUCUGCACAGCCAUGGCAUGGCUCUGGAUUCCAGAGAUGAAGGACAGGUCCUUCCGUGAGAUCGACAUUCUGUUCAAGCGUCGUGUCCAGGCUCGCAAGUGGAAGCAAACAGUCGUCGAUAUCCGCGAUGACGAGUAG